GUGUGUUAGAAUGUCUCGUGCCCAGAAGGCUCGCGACUGUCACUCGCUGUGCGCGGCCUGACGCAGUUACGUACAGACCACAGACCGGUGAAUUUAUCUUAAAUAUAAUGUUAAGUCGUGCAUCAUUGUGACCAACUCAAUCUGAGACGUUUGAAGGAAAGGGUGUGUAUCAGUAUCAGUGAAGCCAUGCUGUCCAGAUUAAGCACGAGUGUGAGGCCUUGUGUGAGUGUGUGUCGAUGGGUUCACACUAAAGAGAAGGGGAAACCGCUCAUGCUCAACCCACGUACCAACAAGGGCAUGGCCUUCACUCUGAAGGAACGGCAGAUGUUGGGCAUUCAUGGUCUGUUGCCACCGAAGAUCGAGACGCAGGACACUCAAGCCAUGCGCUUCCAGAAGAACCUGAAGAAGAUGUCCGACCCACUGCAGAAGUACAUCUAUCUGAUGGGGAUUCAGGAGAGGAACGAGCGUCUCUUCUACCGCGUGCUGAUGGAAGACAUCGAGGCUCUCAUGCCCAUCGUCUACACACCUACUGUUGGUCUCGCAUGUACUCAGUAUGGACAUAUCUUCAGGCGGCCCAAAGGUCUGUUUAUCUCCAUUAAGGACCAAGGACAUGUUCGUUCCAUAUUGGAUAAUUGGCCAGAAACCACUGUCAAGGCUGUAGUGGUGACGGAUGGUGAGCGUAUCCUGGGUCUAGGGGAUCUGGGAGUGUAUGGGAUGGGUAUUCCUGUAGGGAAGCUGUGUCUUUAUACGGCCUGUGCUGGAAUCCGGCCGGAAAGUUGUCUGCCGGUCUGCAUUGAUGUAGGCACGGAUAACGAGAAGUUACUGAGGGACCCGUUCUACAUGGGUCUGUAUCAGCGGCGUGACCGUUCCCAGCGCUACGACGAUCUCAUAGAUGAGUUCAUGGAGGCUGUGGUGGAUAAGUACGGACAGGACACCCUCAUACAGUUUGAGGACUUCGGAAAUCACAACGCCUUCCGAUUCCUGAAGCGAUACCGCGAGAAGUACUGCACCUUCAAUGAUGACAUCCAGGGCACUGCAUCAGUAGCUCUGGCAGGUUUACUGGCAGCUCAGCGUGUUGUAGGGAAGCCAAUAACUGAACAUAAAGUCCUGUUUCUGGGGGCUGGAGAGGCUGCUCUGGGAAUCGCUAACCUAAUCGUGAUGUCGAUGAUUGAGGCGGGAAUGUCUCAGGCAGAAGCCAGAAAGAAAAUCUGGAUGUUUGACAAAUACGGUCUGUUAGUAAAGGGCAGAGCUUAUGAGACCGAUAGUAAUCAGGAGGCUUUUGUUCAUCCUGAUCCCGGGGACGUGAAAAGCUUCUUAGACGCUGUCAAUGUUAUCAAACCCACUGCAAUCAUCGGUGUGUCAGGUGCUGGCCGGCUCUUCACUCAUGAUGUUAUAAGAGCAAUGGGCAGCUUGAACGAGCAUCCCAUAAUCUUCGCCCUCAGCAACCCGACUGCUAAGGCAGAGUGUACAGCUGAAGAUGCCUACAGCCUCACACAGGGAAGGUGUUUGUUUGCCACUGGCAGUCCGUUCGCACCUGUGUCACUAGAAGAUGGCAGAAUACUGACCCCUGGACAGGGCAACAACGCUUAUAUAUUCCCAGGUGUAGCUCUGGCUGUUAUACUCAGUGGAGUGCGACACAUCAGUGAUACGGUCUUCCUUGAGGCUGCAAAGACGCUGGCGGAUCAGCUGACGGAUGAAGAGCUGAGUCAGGGCCGACUGUAUCCACCCCUGUCCAACAUCAGAGAGGUGUCACUGCACAUGGCCGUCAAGGUAAUGGAGUACGUGUAUUCAAAGGGAAUGGCGUUUCGAUACCCAGAGCCUGUGGAUAAGGAGGCGUACAUCAGAUCGGUUGUGUGGAACACCAACUAUGAUUCAUUUCUGCCUGAGAUCUACGACUGGCCCGGUGUUUCUCACAGCCCUGUAGUAGACUAGACAAACACAUGAGAAAACACCAGAAAGAGGGAAACAGAACAAAAACCAGGAAGUCUGAAGGGGGUUUCAUUCUUCUGUUUUAGGCACUCCUUUUUUUGUAUUUAUUCAGAUUUCUCCCUUUGGUUAAAUGAUUUCAGUUUUAGUUUAUGGAUGAAUUUUACAAAUCAUGCACACGUCCAGGAAACUUUUCCCUCCAGAAUCCAACUAAGUAAUAUUUUGCAUGAAGAAAAUUAAACCUAUUUUAAUUAUUUUUAUGACAAUUAGGCACAUUUUUACCCCAACAUGCACUGUGAAAUAUUGUAUUUACUUUUUAAGGUAUUUAUCCAUUAUAAUAUUCAGUCGCAUUUCCUGUCAACACUUCUUCACUCUAAUAUUUUGAUAAAAAAAGAAGAAGAAGAAAAAACUUUACAGCAAUGAAAAUCUAAUAAGAAACCAUUUAAAACAAUAAGAAUUUACUCAACCUAAUUCUACCUAAUUUUCAUGAAAAAUAAAUAAUCAGAAUGGUACUAAUUAGGCUUUAUUUGCUUUAUGCUGAAUAUAUUUGAUUUGAUUUUCUACAGUGUUUUCUACAGCUAUCACUCCAGUUUUGAGUUGGAUAGCGUGUCUUUACACUCCUUUCAGUUGUUUUUAUAUGCUGUGUGCAAUGAAACCUUCUCUAAAAUGAAGUCACACUCCAUUUGUUUGUGUUUGUUACUUCUUGUGUCUGUAACUUUCAUUCAAUUCAUAAAGAUUAAUUUAUUUCCUACGGGAGGAAUAAGUACAGGAUAUGAAGGACUAGCAGAAUAUUGGACAAUAUUACAGUCGUUGCAUGAUGGCGUAUAUUUGUCGCUGUUACUGUGAGUUUUAAGGGCAUUUACCAGCAAAUAUUUACAUGCUUAGUUCAACAAGGGGUUCACUUGGCAAAUGACAGGCUGAUUGUACAUUAUUCAUCUUAGUACACAGCCACUUCCCAAAUAAAUCAAUGCAUGGACAUUAAAUAUUGAUUGAAGUUCAAAUUAAGUGGGGGAAAAAAAGAACAUGGAGAGAAAUUAUAAAUAUAAUACUAUUACAGCUUGUUUCAUGCAAAAUAUUUGACUGCAGAAUACAGCUAUUGUCCAUUAGAAAAGUAAAUGUACCAAAGCUUAUACAUCUUUAUAUGGUCACCGCACAUUGUACAUUAGUUGAUUUAUAUGUCAUAGUAAAUGCAGUAGCCAAAGAUCAUAAGAACAACAUAUUAUCAUCAUUUACAAAAUUUAGAAAAUUGCACAAAGGAGGUUGUUUUUCUUUUGACAGCAUAUCGUACAAAAUACCUAGGAAACUCUUGUAUUCAGGAUCAACACAUAGAGAAGUUACAUUUAUCAGUCCUUUGGUACUUUAGUUGUUGUGAUCAGUGCUGUACACCUGAGAUGAUCCAGUUAAUGUUUUUGAACUCGGUCCUUCCUCACAUCUAGAGGUGAUGAGCAGGUGCAUUUUGCUAUGUGAUGCUGCUUUAAAGUCUGAACACUAGGAGAUGCUUAAACCCUGUGUGCGCUGUUACAAAUGAAGAAUAAACACCUGUGCUCAAAUCA